AUGGCUGCUAUUACCUCAAGUCUAAGCCUUAGCCCACAAUACACUGCUACUAAAGAGUAUCCACACCAUGGUCCUGUAGUUGAGGAAAUUGAAGGGCUUAUUAGAGUACACAAAGAUGGAUAUGUGGAACGACCCCAGGUUGUUCCAUGUGUCACUGCUAGUGCUUUGAGUCCUGAACUAAACGUGAAUUCUAGGGACAUGGUGAUUGACAACGUUACAAACAUUUGGGCUCGUUUCUAUGUCCCAAUUUGCCAAAAGAAACUACCUUUGUUGGUCUAUUUUCAUGGGGGUGGCUUUUGUGUUGGGUCUGCAGCAUGGAGUUGCUACCAUGAUUUCCUUGCUAGGCUAUCUACCAAAGUGGGGUGUGUGAUCAUGUCAGUGAAUUAUCGAUUGGCCCCAGAGAACCCUCUCCCAGCACCCUAUGAUGAUGGACUAAAGGCCCUAAUGUGGGUGAAACAACAAUUGCUAUUUCAAUACAAGGGUAGUGAAUGGUGGACUUCAAAAUGUAAUUUUUCCAGUGUUUUCUUAGCAGGGGACAGUGCUGGUGCUAACAUAGCCUACAAUGUUGCCACAAGACUAGAUGCAUGUGAAGGUGAUACUUUAAGGCCUUUAAAUUUGAAGGGUCUUAUUUUAAUACAACCCUUUUUCGGUGGGGAAGUGAGAACAAACUCAGAGAAGUGCAUGGCUCAAUCACCAGGUUCUGCUUUGAAUUUGGCAGCAUCUGAUACUUAUUGGCGCUUGGCAUUACCAUCUGGUGCUAACCGUGACCAUCCAUGGUGCAAUCCUUUGGUGAAAUUUAAUGAAUUGAAGCUCUUACCAACCUUGGUGUGCAUCUCAGAGAUGGACAUAUUGAAGGAUAGGAACUUGGAGUUUUGUGAUGCUUUGGCAAUAGCAGGUAAAAAGGUGGAGUAUGGGGUGUUCAAAGGUGUUGGACAUGCAUUUCAGAUUCUAAGCAAAUCUCAGCUCUCAAAGAUCAGAGCCAAUGAAAUUAUGGCUCGUGUCAAGUCCUUCAUGUUUCUUCGAUAA